UACUCCCUACUAGAUUGACACAAAUCGUCACGCGAGUAAUGCUAAUAUCGAUUGUAUGGUAAUUUAUUCAUGCAGAGCGAUGAAAAAAGUAUUUGUUGAGUGGUCGAUUCAGCCAGUAGAGUUUUAUGUUGCAUUGAGUGUACUACGUUUAAUUUCAAAUAUCAUAACUUUUUUCGCGUAAAAAUGAAUGAAUUGGAUGAUGAUUUACGAAUAAAAGAAUUGAAAGUUGUUUUGGUUGGAGAUUCUGGUGCCGGUAAAACAAGUAUAGCAACAAGGUUUUGCAAUGAUGAAUUUACAAGACAGUAUACUCCAACGGCUGGAAUUGAUUUUUUUAUGAAAAAUCUUUCUUUGGGUCCAUAUAAAAAUGUUAAUAUUUAUGUAUGGGAUGUUGGUGGUCUUUCAUUACGAGGAGCUAUGUUAGAUAAAUAUGUAUACUGUGCAGAGAUUAUUCUUUUAGUUUACGACGUCACAAACAGUUCGAGCUUUGAUAUUCUCGAAGAUUGGAUUACUGCGAUAAAUGAAAUAAAUGAUAAGCAAGAAGAAAAUAAACCAUUAAUGGUAAUUGUUGGAAAUAAAUGUGAUAUGGAACAUCAAAGGACUGUUAAACGAGAUAAAUCUCAUCGAUAUGCAGCCGAUAAAGGUUUCAUUUAUUAUGACAUGUCUGCACGAACGGGUGAAGCGGUAGCUUUGUCAAUUGCAAAUCUUGCCGCCAAAGUAUUGGGUGUACAAUUAACGAGAGUGGACCAAGAUUUUCAUAAACCAAUUAUUACAGCUGAAAUAGGUGAUACUGUUGAUAUGCCAAUGGUACAAAGAAUUGUAAAAAGACAUCCUACUAAAAAAUCCAUUCUCAAUAAUAAUUACCCAACUCUUCCAUUAUCUAAAUCAACAGUAUGUUCGAUACAAUAACAUAUAUAUUUAUAUAUAAUGAUAUCACAGUGCCUUGUAAAUUUAAUACUUGACGGAUUAAUUAAAUUUUUUAUGUGUAUAAAAUAUAAAAAUAAACAAAUAUUUCUGCAAAUAUAUUUAAUUUAUAA